AUUCAUUCGAUGGUUCCAGAAAUUGGUGAGGGCUACUUGUCUAUGAAGACUGCCCAGGAUGUUUGGGAUGCUGUGGUUGCCACCUAUUCCUGCAAAGGGAAUUUCUCAUAGGCAUUUGAGUUGCGCGCUCUAUUGAAAGCUCUGUUCAGGAGGAGCAAACUGUUCUUUAAUACUUCACCUUCCUUACCAACGGCUGGAAACGCCUUGAUUACCUGCAGGACUAUAAGCCUGUUUGCACCGCUGAUUCAGUCGGGAACAGGAAGUUCAUCGCACAAGAAUGGGUCUUCAAGUUUCUGGCGGGCCUCAAUGUGGAGUAUGAUCCAGUUAGGAGUCGAGUUUUGGGUAUGGACACUCUUCCUUCACUUCAGGAGGCAUUUGCCUAUGUACAGAAUGAGAAGAGUCGCUGGUCUGCUAUGAUGUCCCGUCUCUACUGACCGCUUAGCAUUACUGUCUACCCCUCGAGAUGGCUUCAGCCUGACUCCCAUUCCUCCGUCUGUAGCCAAGGAGUCUAUAUUCUGUGAUUACUGUAAAAAGCUACGGCAUACUCGUGAGACGUGUUGGAAGCUUCAUGGGCCUCCAUCCGGGGAUCGAGGUGAUUGGUCUGGUUCUAGAGGAGGUCGGUCAGGCUAGUCUCAAGGAUGUGGCUCCCAUCCACGGGGUCAUCAGUCUAGUGCCAUUGAUACACUUGAUGUUAUUUCCGCUUUCGUUGGCCAGGCUUUUCAUGGUCUCUGUGGCAUGACAACCCAUGAGCUUGAGGAUGUUUUCCAUCGCUUGCUAGAUCGCCGGUCUUUUACUGUUCUCAGUACAUCUUUCUCGUCGUCUGUCCGCUCAGGUAAUUUAGCAUUUUCUCCUUGUGUUUUCUUAUCUCAUAAGUUUUUGCUCUGGAUUAUUGAUUCUGGUGCCUCAGAUCAUAUGGCUGGAUCCUCUGACAUUUUCUUUGCCUAUAAGCUCUCUUCAGGUCAGGACAAAGUUAGGAUUGCAGAUGGUACUGUUUCUUCCAUUUCUGGGAAAGGACCUUGUCAUGAGGAGGAUGAUUGGCAGUGGUAGUGCAGCAAAUGGUCUCUACUUCCUGGAUCAACUGGACAAGCUUGCUCAUUCUUCCACCACGAGUCCUACUACCCAAGAUGAUUUAUGGCUGGGGCAUCGGCGUCUU